AUAAAAGGGCAUUUUCAGCUUGGGUUUGGAUUUUAGUGAGAGAAAGAGGUGAGGGAGAUGCUGGUGGUAAAUUGUGGAGCCAUGGGGGUUCUUCCUCGGAGGCCUCCAUGGACGAAUGUGUGUCUGUGUUCGGCUUCCAACAUCGGUACCGACCAAUUGCGUGCCCAACUCGAUCAGCUUCACUCUGAGGCCGACAAUGCUAGAGCCAAAGCAAAUAAUGCACGAUUGAGGCUUAUGAGAUUAUCAGAGGCAGCAGAGAGGCUUCGACGACAGGCAGCUAUUAGCGUUCAAACUGGAAAGGAAAAUGAAGCAAGGGAGCUACUUUUUCAAAAGAAGAAGGUUAUGCAAGCUUUGGAGAAGUCUAAAAGUCGCAUUGAGUUGCUUGAUGAGCUUUCAGCAAAGCUUAAUGAGUAUCAUUGCUUCUUGAAGGCAGAAAGAAUCAAAUUCACUAUACAUCAACCAAGUUUUAAGAUUUUAAUAUAUGCACCUACACACCUACCCUCCUAG